UUCAUCAUUCAGUGUGUGUCCUGACAAAGGCGUGGGCCAUAAGGAGGCUAAAGAGAAGUAAGAAAACUACAACACGUCGCCCUGAAAAUAAACUUUGGUGAACUGUGCAAAUGUUUUUCCCCCAGACGAAGCUUCUGACGAGCGCUGUGCUCAUUGUGAAUGUGAGAGGAUGCUGCUUUGUUACAGCUUGUUGAUGUGAUCAUCACGCUGUCAACAGGCUGUCGGCUGCUAACUUUGCAUUCGGAUGGCUCUCAUCGUACAGACUCUUCUGCUGUCUGCUGCUCGCGUUGCUCCUCCUCGACAGACCUUUUAUUUUCAUCAGUGUGAGGGACUUUAACCGGAAACCAAACUUUUUUGUUCGAACAUUUUUUUUUCUGGGUCAAAAGAAAAGAGGCGACCACUGGUGUCAUAAACUACACGGUUCCUUAUUUUUUUUUUUCAUUUAAGCCUACGCGUGCUAUCGGAAAUGUGUCAGCUGCCGACCAACAGGGAAGAAGUAAACACCGUCUGUCGAGGAUAAGGGCGAAGUCGAGUGAUUUCAGGCUAGUCACUACGCACGUAACGGAUUUUGCUCCUUUAUCAUGGAAGAUGUGAGUAAUUACGGUGCAAAAGAUGACCCCACUCAGUGUAAAUUGCCGAAGGUCUUGGGUAAGGCUGGCUGGAUAAAGAAGGCCCCCCGCAAACUGCUGGCAAGUUAUAAGGACCGCUACAUCCAUGUGGAAAAGAGUGAGAUUGUGGUGUAUGAGAAGGAGGACCUGCAGAACUGCUUAGAGAGGCUUGAUUUGGAAAACUAUGAUAAAUGUCAUGAAUUAAAGAGCCCCUUCAAGAAGAAGCACAGGCUGGUACUGAUUCGAUCACCCGAGUCUGGAAAUAAGGUCCAUGAUGUGAAGUUCCAGACUCAGACUGCAGAGGAGAAAGAAGCCUGGAUAAAAGCUUUGAAUGAAGGCAUCAGUCGAGCAAAGAACAAAGUCUUUGAUGAGGUGAAGAUUGAUGAAAGCUGUAAUUUAGAGCAUGUUACUCGAACAAGGCCCAAAGGGAACCGUAACAGGCGGCCACCGACCAGGAUACACAUGAAAGAGGUAGCUGUUAUAUCAUCUGAUGGUAUCCUGCGUUUGGAUCUUGAUCUUGAUAACGCCUUAAUGCCUAAUGGGACCCAUCAUGCCAGUGUUGAUGGUAGUAAUGCCUCCAAAGAGGCCAUCCAAGUCCCAACUGCCCCAUCUAGUGCCAGUGAAGCUACAGAGGAACAGUCAAGGGCAAGUGCUGAGGAGGAGGCUCAGACUGAGCAUGAGGUCAGUCCCCAGAAAAAGGACAUGAAACCACCGAUGCCCCCUAUCAAAGAGGCUAAAUCCAGUGCAGCACCUGACGAUGAACCUGAUAAGGAUGAUGGCCCAAGGAAGAAGGUCCUGAAGCCACCUAUGCCUCCAUCUAAAGAAGUCAAGCCCUGUUUUUCAUCUGUUGAAGAAGCUACAGAAAAGGCCAAAGCUGAGAUGAUGUCUGAAAAGAGUCCUGAUUCCAGGAAAAAGACAGGUCCACCACCAACCCCUCCCAACAAACCCAGCUCCAGCAGUUCCAUGAGCAACCUUGCAGAGGCCUCGCAGUCCAGGCCAAACUCCCAUCCUCCCACCCCUCCAUCAAAAGAGAAGAAACCCUCCCAUUCUGGUGUGGAGGCAGACGAAGAAGUGCCAGAGAACUGGUCCGACAAUGAGCCACAAACACCCACAGAGCCGCUCGAAAAGGACCCAUGUCCUCUUCUAACUACCAAGAAAGAGCCUGAGAAACUCUUUCAGCCUGGCUCGCAAUGCAUAGAGAAGGAAACAACUGAAACAGGUCUUACUGAAGAACAGGAUCCUACUGCAUUGCUGCAAACAGCCUCAGAUACCUCAGCCAGUUCUCCUCAGGAGGAGGAGGAGGAGGAGGAGGAGCUAGCCAAGAGUGAAGUCUCCUCGGUAACUGUCUUCUUGAGUGACCUGUCCACUGACAACCUCAGCCCAGUGCAAUGUCUUUUGCAUGGGAGGAAGAAUAAUAAUGCAGAGGAGAACUCUUUGCACAGUGGUCAGCACUCAGACGAUGACAGUGACAGCUCUGGGGUAGAAGACACAUUGGCGGUGUCCACAGCUGCACUGAGAGGAAGCCAUGCUGGUUUGGAUGUGUUAGAUGUCUGCGAGGAUGACAUUCAGAUCUCAGUUAAUUUAAGGCAGGCACAGGGCGCAACCAAGUCUCAGCCCUCACCUCUCAAACCCUCCACCAAGGCCAGGUCAGCCUCCAGUGGAGAUCUGCUGUCUAAUCCUUCAGUGUGUUUUCAGGUGAGACCGCAUACCAGGGCUGUGGCUGGAGAUGAUGGGGUUCUUGGUGAUAAUGUUGAGAUACUUGAGGCUGAAGUGUCUCUGGAGAUGGAAAAUGCAAGUGAGCUGCUAAGCAGAGUGUCCCAGUCACAGAGCGGAGAUGACGGGGAGGGCAUAUCGGAGAAUCUUCUGACCAAGGCCAUGGAAAAGCUGAAGAAGGCCGACCAAGUUCUCAGGGAGGUCAAGAAACUGAGACUUGCAAAGAACUUAAGCAAUAGAAAGAGCUGGUGAAUGUCAGAGCAGAUUGAUGAUUGAUAGCUGAUGAUUUGGAAAUGACCAUUUGCCAAAUCCCUAUCUUGAACAAUUACUUUGUAGUCAUAGCUUAGAAGUAAUUGUGAUAAAUAAUAAAUUAAAUGGUGUGAUUGUCUUCUCUAAGCAUAUGCUGCAAUCACUAGCAUCCAUGGAUAACUAGCUUAACUAACACAGUGUUACAAAGCAGAAAACAUUCUAGACAAGCACAUCUACUUUGUACUGUUUUCCCACUGUGUGGAGGCUUGUUCUGGAUACUAUUAAAUUUGAGGCUGAUGUUAGUGGAUUUGCCCCACUUGUUAUUGGAUUGGGAAAGUUUUUGCAGCAACUGCAGUCAAAGUUAGUGCAAUUUGCCAGAUCCAUCCUCAAAGUCUUGUCCCUUGUUAUGUUAAAAUUAAAUUGUUUUAUUUGAACAGACAGAGCUUCUGAUCAUUAUCCUGAUAGCUAGCAGAUAAAAUCUGCCUGCUACAGUGAUGAAUAGAAAGAGAAUGGCUUUUAUCUUCCUUUGUCUAAAAUCAAAGACCUCCUGAUUCAAGAAUGACUUCAAUUUCAAAUGGUUAUAAUUUUAACAUCAGUUAAAAGGGUCAGAGUUUAGCACAUGAUCAAAUGUUGUACUUAUGCAGAAUGACACAUCUCAUUUCUGAAGGUUAUGCAGCACAUGCAACUGUUAACUCGUAAUUAAUUAAGUGCACUUAAUUCUAGUAUAACUUUGUCUGCAGCUGAAGGUAAUGCUUAUGUUCUACUGUGUAUUGUUUUUGUUCUAUAUAAAAUAUUAGACAUUCAAGAAAAAUUACUUGAAAGCUAAUUUGAAAAUGUAUAAUAUAAUGGAAAAAUAACAGUAUUGUCAGAACUCAAAGAAAGUUCUAAAAAUGUUAAUACCAGAUUACACAAAUGUACAACAGUAGUUUACUUUGUGUAUUCAAGGGGAUUUUACUCCUAUUUUCAGAUUCCUUGUUUUUCCUGGCAAUUUGUAUGAGAGAAUGUAUGAUGUACAUAUUUUAUGCUUUUACCACAGCAUAUGCGUUUUAUUGUUGAAGAAAGAUGCAAACAUAGCUCAGGAGUUUUAUGAAAUUAAUCUCUUCAGACUAAUUAUGUGAAUAAAGCAAAAUGAACAACUGCUCCUCCACAUCAAUUGCAGAUUCAUAUUAAUGUUUUUCUUACUGAUAUUAUACAUCUCACAGAACAACAAGUUCGUAGCAGCCCUCACAGGCUGAAUCGUGGCCUCGGAAGAAUUUUCUGUGCUUUUUUUGUCGUUAAGUCAUUAAGAUUUAUGUCAUUAAGAGUAUGUAAGAAUAUUUUCUAACAUUAUAUAUAAUUUAGUACUCUUUGAUAAAAUUUUCUAUUCCCCAAAUAAAGAAAGGGAAACUAUC